CACCUUCCCCGGGGCCGGCAUCAUGUCGGCGGCGCAGGUGUCCUCGUCCCGGAGACAGUCUUGCUACCUGUGCGACCUGCCUCGGAUGCCAUGGGCCAUGAUCUGGGACUUCUCGGAGCCCGUGUGCCGUGGCUGCGUCAACUACGAGGGCGCCGAUCGCAUCGAGUUCGUGAUCGAGACCGCGCGCCAGCUGAAACGGGCGCACGGCUGCUUCCAGGACGGCCGCUCCCCGGGGCCGCCGCCGCCCGUCGGGGUCAAGACGGUGGCCCUGUCGGCGAAGGAGGCGGCGGCGGCGGCAGCGGCGGCGGCGGCGGCCGCUGCACAGCAGCAGCCACAGCAGCAGCAGCCGCAGCCGCAGCUGAACCACGUUGACGGUUCCGGCAAACCCGCCGUGCUGGCGGCCCCGUCCGGCCUGGAGCGCUACGGCCUGAGCGCCGCCGCCGCUGCCGCCGCCGCCGCCGCCGCCGCCGUGGAGCAGCGCAGCCGCUUCGAGUACCCGCCGCCGCCGGUGAGCCUGGGGAGCGGCAGCCACGCCGCGCGGCUGCCCAACGGCCUGGGGGGCCCCAACGGCUUCCCCAAGCCCGCCUCGGAAGAGGGACCCCCGGAACUGAACCGCCAGAGUCCCAACUCGUCUUCCUCGGUGACGGUGGCCUCUCGGCGUGGGACGCACAGCGGGCUGGUGUCGGGGUUGCCCAGCGCCGGGGGCGGCGGAGGCCCGCAGCUCACCGUGCCCCCCAACUUGCUGCCGCAGACGCUGCUGAACGGUCCGGCCAGCGCCGCCGUGCUGCCCCCACCGCCGCCCCACGGCCUGGGCAGCCGCGGGCCCCCGACCCCCGCGCCCCCCGGGGCCCCCGGCGGCCCGGCUUGUCUCGGGGGCGCGCCGGGCGUCUCUGCCACGUCUUCCUCCUCCGCGCCGUCUUCCACCUCGGUGUCGGUGGCCGAGGUGGGCGUGGGUGCCGGCGGCAAGAGGCCCGGCUCGGUGUCCAGCACGGACCAGGAGCGGGAGCUGAAGGAGAAGCAGCGGAACGCCGAGGCCCUGGCGGAGCUGAGCGAGAGCCUGCGCAACCGCGCGGAGGAGUGGGCCAGCAAGCCCAAGAUGGUCCGCGACACGCUGCUCACGCUGGCCGGCUGCACGCCCUACGAGGUGCGCUUCAAGAAGGACCACUCCCUGCUGGGCCGCGUCUUUGCCUUCGACGCCGUCUCCAAGCCCGGCAUGGACUACGAGCUGAAGCUGUUCAUCGAGUACCCCACGGGCUCGGGCAACGUGUACUCCAGUGCGUCCGGGGUGGCCAAGCAGAUGUACCAGGACUGCAUGAAGGACUUCGGCCGGGGCCUGUCCUCCGGCUUCAAGUACCUGGAGUACGAGAAGAAGCACGGGUCCGGGGACUGGCGCCUGCUGGGGGACCUCCUGCCCGAGGCGGUGCGCUUCUUCAAGGAGGGCGUGCCGGGCGCGGACAUGCUGCCCCAGCCCUACCUGGACGCCAGCUGCCCCAUGCUGCCCACCGCGCUGGUGAGUCUCAGCCGCGCCCCCAGCGCGCCCCCGGGGACCGGGGCCCUGCCGCCCGCCACCCCUACCGGCCGGGGUGCAGGUUCCAGCCUGCGCAAGAGAAAGGCGUCCCCCGAGCCUCCCGACUCGGCCGCCGAGGGCUCCCUGAAGAUGGGCGAGGAGCAGCAGAGGCAGCAGUGGAUGGCGAACCAGAGCGAGGCGCUGAAGCUCACCAUGUCGGCGGGGGGCUUUGGGGCGCCGGGGCAUGCGGCCGGCGGCCCGCCCCCGCCGCCUCCGCCCCUGGGACCCCACUCCAACCGGACCACCCCGCCGGAGUCGGCCCCUCAGAACGGCCCGUCCCCCAUGGCCGCCCUCAUGUCGGUGGCAGACACUCUGGGCACCGCGCACUCGCCCAAGGAUGGCAGUUCCGUGCACUCCACCACUGCGUCCGCGAGGCGCAACAGCAGCAGCCCGGUGUCGCCGGCCUCCGUGCCUGGGCAGCGCCGCCUGGCCUCACGGAACGGGGACCUGAAUCUGCAGGUGGCGCCCCCGCCGCCUAGUGCCCACCCGGGCAUGGACCAAGUGCACCCCCAAAACAUUCCGGAUUCCCCCAUGGCCAACAGCGGGCCCCUCUGCUGUACUAUUUGCCACGAACGUUUGGAGGACACGCAUUUCGUUCAGUGUCCAUCCGUCCCCAGCCACAAAUUCUGCUUCCCUUGCUCCAGAGAGAGUAUCAAGGCCCAGGGGGCCACCGGCGAGGUGUACUGCCCCAGUGGAGAGAAAUGCCCCCUGGUCGGGUCGAAUGUACCUUGGGCAUUCAUGCAGGGCGAAAUCGCAACGAUCUUAGCCGGGGAUGUCAAAGUGAAAAAGGAGAGAGACCCUUGAACCCACAAGACGGCCACCUCCUUUGACCUAGACCAGCUCCUCCAAGCCAGAGGGCCCCUCCACAUCUAUCCACAUCUAUCCUCUCUUCCCUCACCCCCCCCCCCCCCCAAGAUGUAGAAUUGUGAAUAUAACAAAACUGCAAAAAGUUAGUCUUAUGUAUAGACAUUAUUUUCGUCGUAUGUUUCUAUAUUUUGAAACUAAGGUAUGUAACUUCUUCAUUUGAAGGAUAAGCUGGUUUGUGUUGAGCAGUAUAAUAUUGGUUGGGUCACAUGCAUCAUACUUGUUAGCAUUUAUUUGGUGGCAGGGUGUUUGCCUAGGUACAGAAUUCAUAGCCCUUAGCAACACUGCUGCUGGUGUGUAUUUUUGUAAAUGUUACACGCACUCUCUAAAAGGGGGAAAAAAAAAAACAUAAAAAGAAAAUGAUUUUUUUUUUUGCCAAGGCCAGUGUUGCUGCCUAAAAAAAAAAUAAAAUAAAAAAAGCUAUAAAAUGGUGACAGCUUCUUUCUAAACAGCCCCAAGUGUUGAAGUCUUCACUUUAAGUUGUUCUGUUUUGUUUUUCUGUUUUGUUUGCAAAAAAAUGGUAAAAGGGGAUGGAGGGGGUAGGGCGGGGCGUUUUUUGUUGCAAGUUUGUGAGGGAAAAUGUUUGCGUUUGUUUCUACUGACCUGAAUGUGUUGGAUCUUCACGUGUUGUUUUGUUUUUGCUUUCUUGAUGCACGGAUGCUUUUGAACAGUAGAGCGAAAUGCUAGACAUGGAGAAUUUGCUCUGUUUGUCCUUUAUACAUUUCUGUAGUUAACAGAACACUGUAAUGUGCCUUGGAGCUUAGUAACUUGUAAUAAAUUCAAUUGAUAUUAA